AUGCGCUGCUGCUGCUGCCGCUGUAGUCGCCACCGCUGGCGACCACCCCGCGCGCUGGGGCUGUUGCUGCUGCCGCUGCUGCUGCCAUUCGUCCUUGCAUCUCCCCUGGCAGCAGCCGCAACGGGCCCAGGCCGCUGUGACAACAUAUACCAGGGCUUUGCUGAGUGUCUCAUCCGCUUGGGAAACGACAUGGGCGGCGGAGGCGAGCUGGAGACUGUCUGCAGGUCUUGGAAUGACUUCCAUGCCUGCGCCUCACGAGUCUUGUUGGGCUGUCCAGAAGAGGCAGCCACCGUGUGGGAGUCACUACAGCAAGAAGCUCGCCGAGCCCCGCACCCUGAUAAUUUGCACGCUCUGUGUGGAGCCCCUGUACACGUUCGUGAACGUGGUGCAAGCCCGGAGACCAACCAGGAGACGCUUCGAGCGACGGCACCUGCAACUACCCCGGUCCCCACACCCACGCUGCUGGCAGCUGCUCUGGCGCUUGCCUGCCUCCUGGGGCCUCUGGCCUAGCCACCCCAGGGGGCUAGCUAGCAGCUCCCCUGCCUGUAGCUUGCUCUGGCUCUGGUGGCUGCCUUUUGGG